AUGACCGUUGGAGGAGAAACUGGCAACCAUGGAACUUCAACAGAGGAACAAGAUUACCUUGAUCGGAGUAAGAAAAAGGUUAAAAAUAAUGGAAAUCCUGAUGCUGAAUUCACGGACACGGAUUACGACCGAACUGUGGAGGCAACUGCAGAUCAAAUUGGCACCAUCGGAGAAACUGGUAAGGAUAAGAGCACGCAUAGGUCUUUCAAACAAGCUCUUCUCAGAUCUCGUUUCAAUGAAAUUGAAAUAGAACGCAAGUUUGAUUGCGAAGCGGCAUAUCUCUCUUCAGAUGAAGAGAUGGAAAAUGAGAAGGACACAGAGGAAACUAUGGAGGGGGGGAAUACCUCGCACCCGGUAGUGAAACUUCCUGCUGGGCUACUCAAGAAAGUAAGAGAGCCAUGGAAGCAAUGUAAUGGUUUCUUCAUCGUAAAAUUUGAAAUGAUGGAGGACUAUACUAAAGUUUUCACUGGGGGGCCAUGGGUAGUUCUAGAUCGAUAUGUAACAGUCCGCAAAUGGCAACCCGAUUUUAAAUCAGAUGAGGCAGAGGAGGACACAACGGCUAUUUGGGUCAGGUUUCCUAACCUCCCCAUUGAAUACUAUGAUGAAAAAGUUCUAUAUCAUGUAUCGAAGGUUCUUGGCACCCCUUUAAAGAUCGAUAUUAACACGGCUAUGGCGGCUCGCGGGAAGUAUGCACGAUGGGUCUCAGAUGAGGCAGAGGAGGACACAACGGCUAUUUGGGUCAGGUUUCCUAACCUCCCCAUUGAAUACUAUGAUGAAAAAGUUCUAUAUCAUAUAUCGAAGGUUCUUGGCACCCCUUUAAAGAUCGAUAUUAACACGGCUAUGGCGGCUCGCGGGAAGUAUGCACGAGUAUGUGUGGAAAUGGAUCUGCGCAAACCGUUUAUCUCGCACCUAACUAUUGGAAGAUACCACUACGUAGUAGAGUAUGAACAUUUACAUACGUUGUGCUUUUCUUGUGGCCGAGUGGGUCACCGGAAAGAAAAAUGCCCCGAAUAUCCGGUGAUUUUGUCGGAGAAGAUGAUGCAAAAUGUUACCGUUAAAACACCAGGUUUAGAUUCUGGGCUGGGUUCAUCAAGGCCCACUGGGAACCAGAAUAAGGAAGCUUGCACCGAGGAGGAGAAAAGUGGAUAUGGCCCAUGGACCAUUGCCCCAAGUCGACGGAAAUUCCAGCAAGGAAAACAUAAGUCUAAGGCCCAACUAUAUAAAGGUAACAGAUUUGAAGUGCUAAAUUCGACUACUGUACAUGGGGACAGCAGCAGAGCCCAGGAACAUUAUCUAGAUUUAGAUUUGGGCCACAACAUUGCCACAAACAGUAUUUCUUAUGGUCCAAAUCAAAGACCGUUGCCAACUAAUACACAGAGCUCACCUGGUAUGGAUGUGGACCAAACCUAA